ACCCUCUCUCUGUGUAAACAUGCAGAUAAAAUGGUGAGGCCGAUAAGACCGGAGGAGUAUCUCCAUGAUUACCUGCUGGAGGACAGUCUGGUCACUGUGACUUUACGCAGGCUCCUCUGGAGGACACCUCUGCACUUUGAGAACAACAUUUAUACAGAUGUCCAUUAUGGACAGAUGCAGUGGGAUUACCUGAAUGGGGGGAUGCUUUUGAGCUGUACUAAAGAAAUGGAGAUGCAGGUGGGCGUUUUGGCGAUGCUCCAGCACUGGGCCAAACCAGAGCAGCAGAACUCGGCUCUCUCCAGCUGGGCAGGGGGUGAAUUAGUAUCUGCUUGCUGGCACAGGGAAGAGCUGAAGGAGUACACUCCAAAGACCCUGCAGUCCUACAUCAGUCCAGAGGUUCUGCAACACCAAGUCGAGAUGCUGCUGAGAACCAGGCAGCCCCUCCCGCCAGUGGAUGCAAAAAUCCAGUUCAUAGAGCAUGUGAUGAAAUUGCCUUUCUUUGGCUACACCAUCUACUUUGUUGAGAGAGUCAGUGAUGACACAAUCUCUGUGCCCUGUUUCUUUGGCGUGAAUGAAGAGGAGAUCAUUGUGGUAGACAAGACCAGCCAGGCAGUCUCCUGCAUCAUUCCACUGAAAGAGCUGCAGAAGAUGCGAACUCUGCGGCCUCUCUCCGAUGGUGGGCUUCCUGGCUUAGAACUGAACUAUGGCUCGGCUGCUAGCCCCAAGACUAUGUGGCUUGAACUGGCACAGGCUAAAGAAAUGUAUCACACAGUUGUGGUCAUCCUGGAUAAAACAGAGUUGCAUCACUAGAGCCUAAGAGGAGAAUGACUAUGAACAACAGCACUGUUUUCUGUUCUUUGAGUUUGUUCAAUGUUUCCUGCCCUGUCAUCUGGAGGGGACUCUUCCAAAGACAUCUACAGCCUCAGACAGCUGCUUUCUAAUACU